AUUCGACCUUGGCAUUUAGAAUGUUUAAAACAAUUACUUUACACCCUUAUAAUCAGGAAGUUUCGAAAGCUUAGAUAAGAUAGAUUGAGUCAUUACAGUACCCGUAUAAUACACAUACAGUGAUGAAUGCCAAUUUCAUAAUCGGAUAACAAGAUGGCUGAUAUUUUAUUUGUUUUAACGCUUUGUGCUUCCAUUUGUUAUAGUGACGCAUACUCGGUUGUUCAUAUCGGACCAAUCAUCGGCUUUGUUGUCGGCUGUGUUAUUCUGGUCGGCAUCGUUAUCAGUAUCAUCGUCUGCUGUGUCUGCUGUAUGCAAAAGUCACGCGGGAAACGAGGACAAACCAUCACUACGGCAGUUAACGGUCCUUACAUCAUGAACCGGAUGACAUACGGUGCCCAGACUGGACAAGUACCUUACGGCCAGCAGCAAUACCAAGCUCAGCCGCCCCUACAAACCGGACAUAUGACCCCGGGAAUUACCGUUGUCAACAACUCGGGAAUGCAGGGCCCAACGUCAUAUGUAACAGUCGUCGACAUUUAGAAUAAAUUGUUAUUAACGUUAAAGCAUUCAAAAUCGUUAACUUUCUGAUCAUUUUUUGUGGUGGUAACAGAAGUGAGAACAUGUGCAUCUUCAUUACGAUCGUACAUCUAGCAAUAACUUACCGACCAAUCAUGCAGGAAAUGCAUAACAUACCUAUUAAACGGACAUGGUUACUUAACUACAUAUGCUUUAAGGCAGGCUUUCAUCUGGACAUUUACGGUUGCAGGACAAAAUUUAUCCCAUGUCAAUGAGCUCUUACCGACGGUUAAGCUUUGUAGAAUUAAAUUGAUUACAAUUAAAGGUAAAAUGCAUAGCGGUGAUACACAUGAGUAAGUCCGCUUCUGUGGGAAAUUACAACUAGGGCUGAUUUCCUUUUAUAGUAAUGCUCAAUACGGAUGAUUCGUCGGCCAUACCUACCGUUCACGCAUAUCUUUCAUAGGAAGUACUCGCAUAUGUUUUCACUUCUCUUUUCACCUCAGUAUUUCAUUUAAUAUAAUAGUAAUCAUUAUUUUUUUUAAAGUUUAAUGAGUAGAGCACUGUAAUAUGCGUAAAAAACAUCGUUGGCUAUUAAAGAAUGAAUUUAAAAGAAUUAAUAUGUUAUUCUGUCAAAAUAAUAUAUCUCUGAAUCUUGUACUGGUACACUUUAUAAAGCAUGGUUGGUGUUCCGAGCAUAAUAAAUAAGUUUAAUUUUGCACUAUUUCCUUAACGUCAAUACCAGUUUUCUUGCUUUGUGGACUCAUAAUGUUUUGUAAAUUAUAUUCUACACUUGUUUCAAAGCUUUUUAACGUUAACCGUGAUUCUUCAAUUUUAAGAAACAAUAUCAAA